GCCCAAACUCAAAGUGUAGACCCUUUGUCAAUGUGUUUGUGCUCACAUCGUCAGCAGCCUUUCCUUUUAUUUCUGAGGUAUCAAGUGCUCUCUUCCGGUGAGUUCAGUCCACUCACAGUAACUUGACCCAGUUGGAUGAACAAACUGCAGCCAGACUGGCGCCGCUAAGCUAACGAAGCAGACACGAACAACUUCGACUUGAUUUUUACUGCAGCACGAACAGUUCCGUGUUUUUCUAAACUCAGCUGCACGAGAGAAAAAUCCUGAUUUUGCCACUUCUCCCUCUGACGACGAGAAGUUUGUGAUCUACCUGACGUACAGCUGAAUAGUGUUUUUUCCUGAUGAUGUGAAACUGUGCCAACAACACACAAACUCUCAGAAAGUCUAUUCAGGGACACAAGCCAAGAUGUCUAUCACCAACACACCCACCAGCAACGAUGCUUGCCUGAGCAUCGUGCACAGCCUGAUGUGUCACAGGCAGGGUGGCGAGAGUGAGACGUUCGCCAAGCGGGCCAUCGAGAGCCUGGUGAAAAAGCUGAAAGAGAAAAAAGACGAGCUGGACUCUCUCAUCACCGCCAUCACCACCAACGGGGCCCAUCCCAGCAAGUGUGUGACCAUCCAGAGAACGCUAGACGGGCGGCUGCAGGUGGCGGGACGUAAAGGGUUCCCUCAUGUCAUCUAUGCACGGCUGUGGCGAUGGCCCGACCUGCAUAAGAACGAACUGAAGCACGUCAAAUACUGCCAGUUUGCCUUUGACCUUAAGUGUGACAGUGUGUGCGUCAACCCCUAUCACUAUGAGAGAGUGGUGUCUCCGAGCAUAGACUUAUCAGGACUGACCCUGAACAAUUCUGUAUCCAGCUCAGGAAUGAUAGUAAAGGAUGAGUAUGAUUUUGACGGACAGCCAAGUUUGCCCUCCAUCGAGGGGGGGCACUCCCUCCAGACCAUCCAGCACCCCCCUUCUGGCAGCCGGCCGGCCCCCUCUGAGUCGUUUGCAACCCCAAACCUGCUCCCACCUGCGGAGGCCUCCACGUCUGCCUCAACGUCAUCCUUUCCUGCCAUCGCUGCUGGAUCAGGCAGUGCCAGCUCCACCUGGUCCAGGAACAGCAGUUUCACCCCAAACAUUUCACACCACACCAACGGUCAUCUACAGCACCACCCUCCUAUGCCACAUCCAACACACUACUGGCCCGUGCACAAUGAGCUCGCCUUUCAGCCUCCUAUAUCUAAUCAUCCAGCUCCUGACUACUGGUGUUCCAUUGCCUAUUUUGAGAUGGACGUUCAGGUUGGGGAGACGUUUAAAGUUCCCUCUUCUUGCCCCAUUGUGACAGUGGACGGUUAUGUCGACCCGUCAGGGGGAGACAGGUUCUGUUUGGGUCAGCUCAGUAACGUACAUCGCACUGAGGCCAUCGAAAGAGCCAGGCUUCACAUUGGUAAAGGAGUCCAGCUCGAGUGUAAAGGUGAGGGAGACGUGUGGGUGCGAUGCCUCAGUGACCACGCUGUGUUUGUCCAGAGUUACUACCUGGACAGAGAAGCGGGCCGGGCCCCCGGAGACGCCGUUCACAAAAUCUACCCCAGCGCAUACAUCAAGGUGUUUGACCUUCGACAGUGCCACAGACAGAUGCAACAGCAGGCGGCCACAGCUCAAGCAGCAGCAGCAGCUCAGGCAGCAGCUGUGGCUGGAAAUAUACCUGGACCUGGAUCAGUAGGAGGCAUCGCUCCAGCUAUAAGUCUCUCAGCGGCAGCAGGUAUAGGGGUAGACGACCUGCGGAGGCUGUGCAUCCUGAGGAUGAGUUUUGUUAAGGGCUGGGGGCCAGACUACCCCCGCCAGAGCAUCAAGGAGACCCCAUGCUGGAUCGAGAUCCACCUGCACAGAGCUCUCCAGUUACUGGAUGAGGUUCUGCACACGAUGCCUAUAGCAGACCCUCAACCUCUGGACUGAGCUGUUUGUAACUGCAGCAUUGGACUGAACCAGUGAAAGAGCCGUGAAGCUGUGACACUGUGUCCCACAUGAGAAAAACUUUGAGGUGUGUUUAAGGCCCCUUUGUUCGCUUUGGCCCAGAGACUAACACUAAAUCCAGUCACACCAGAGCCAUAUAUGAAAGAUAUGUUUACCUAUAUUUUAUAGAUGGCUUUGAGUUGUGAUUGUGACAGUGGUGAAAGAUAGCAGUAAAUAUUACAAGUGAUUGCAAUCCUAAAGCACCACAACAUGCACAUAGAAGACCUGCAGGUCCCAUUAAAACUGGAAUGUUACACAGACAAAUCAUCGUCCCAGUAGACAACAACCAUCAACGACUGACAGGUAUAAGAGUCAAUGAACAACAGGAACAUGUGAGCGCUGUGCAGCUGUGGGGUGAGACGCUGCACUCAGAUGCUCUCAUAUCUAGUGUCUGCUGCUGCUUUUCUGCCUGUCACUUCUCUCUGCAGCUGUUACACACUGAUCUACACCUGGGAGGACGAGAGUGUUCAGUCAUGUCAUCAGGCUGAACAGAAAAUCGCUCACACUCUGAGCGGCAGGGAUUUCUGCUGGAUAUCUCACUGAUCACUGCAUCUCGGACCCCGGGGACCACCCUGCUGGAUCAGGUCGUUCACAGACAUCCACAACAAUACAGAGUUAAAGAAAGUGCAGCAUGGCUAAGCUGAACUGAAACAGGUCAAGACUAGGGACUUUUCUCUGUCAGGUAUUGCCAAUUUACAGAGUUGAUUUUAAAAGAUGGUUGCAUUUCUGUGCCUGGUGGGAAUCCAUUGACAAAUCUAAUUAGAAAAGCUGUAGAUUAAAACAUGCAGGUGUCAGGAAUAUCCUUCUCUUCACAUCAUACAGCAGCUACAGUGAUGCUGGGUUUUUUUGGAGUGUUGUAACAUGACAUACAAAGUAAAUUACCAAUUGGGAAUGCAGUGUUUUGAAUGACUUAGUGUGAUUUUAUCAUUUCUUUCUGGGGGAAAAAGAGACGACAAGAGGCGUAGAUAAGCAGUUUUCACCCCCUGAUUCAGGUGCGGUUACAGUUUUGAAAAACACAAUUUUUUUUCACGCUGUCUCAAAAGAUAAAUCUCAUUGGCUCUCAGUAAAUUCCUUCUUGCCUUUUCUCACCUUCCUGCUGAGAGCAGAAAAUGUAAAAAUCUGAGAUUCUUCCUGUUCAAUAAGAUUGAAGUAAGGAGAAAGAAUGGGAGGAGGCAAUACAGACAGUUGAUGGCAGAUGGCUGAGAUUUAGGUUACGUCCACAUUACUACUGUUUUUGUUUUAAAGAGCAUCAACUCUGCUACAGAUACACCAGGCGUCCACACUACUGCAGAGUUUCAGAGCUGCUAAAACAGAGGUUCAGAAAUGCUGCUGACUCUGUUUUGGUUUGAAAACUUCAGAGCAGCGUGGAAUAGGAUGAGAACUGAUACGGACUGAUACGCUUGUCUGGUCGUUAAUGUUUGAAAUUCCAUUUACAAAUGAAAACCUAGUAGUAUGGAUGAAGCCUAAUCACAGUACAAGGGACAUGGUUUACUGAUGUUUUCACAAACCAAAAACAUACGUUUUGUCCAGUCCGCUGCUGGAGUUUACCCGACAUUUGUUAAUUUGUAGGUUUCUCCAAUUAAAAUUUGGUAUUGCUUUAGAUUUUAUUCAGUUUUAUUUUCAGAAUCACCAGACAGUCUUUACACAUAAGUUGAGAAUCGGUAAAUAUCUUCAGACUUGCAGCCCACAUACUUGAUCCAGGUCUCUUGUUAUAGUUUAUUUACAGUGAUGUGAGGACUUAUACGUUUCCCAGCAAUACUGAUAUAUUUUCUUGGUUUUUAUUUUUGUUACUUUUAUUAAUUGCAUAAUAUUUUUGUAGCACUUUACUUUUUCUGUUGAUUUGAAUGAAAUAACUUUUAUUUUGAGAUGGUUCCUCCACGACAAAGGGAGGGAAUAGGUCGAUGUAUAGUUGACAUAGGAUUGUGAGCAGCGGCAACAUUGUGAUGCAAUCGUUUAAAAAAAUCAGUUUUCACUCUCUAGUCAUGGACACUAAUCUUUAGGGAUUCUUUGAGUUGUCAUUUUUCUUAUUGAUUUGCAGUUUUUUUCUUUUUAAUCCAUGUAAAUAACUUUGUUUUUGAAAUGCAUGUCAAUGUUCGCAUGAACUUUUAAUCGCAAAUAGAUCCUUAUCCCCACUCCUGUAUUUGACAUGGGGUGCUUCACUUUGCCUGCAUUAGAUGAGGAAACAGGACGAGGAGAGGAGAACAUGAACACUGAGGGAAGCUAUAUAGCCACAGUUAAUGUUAACGGUUGAAUUUAAUGACAAAAACUCACCUUUUAGCAGCAGAGCUCUUAUAAAAAAUGGCUCCCAAGAUCUAAUUUUGUAUAAAUGAAGCUUCUUCAGUAAAAUGAGUACAAGCAUAUUUUCUCUUUCUAUGCUGAUGUUGUAACGGGUGAUGGUUGUUUGACACAAGAUUUGAUUUUGAUUUCAGCACGAGUGCCCUGCGCUGCAUGUGAUACCCUUAUUAACACUGCCUUUAAAGGCUUCUCUCAGAGUACACAGUGUUAUUUAGGAACAAACGUUUCAUUCAUUCUCCUCUUGUUGAGACUCACAAACAUCGGAUCAUACUUGAUUUAUUUUACUCCAAACUGCCAUAAAAUCUGUUGUCAUCAUCUGGUAACACACUCUAAGACAAUUGUUUUUUUUAAAUCACUUGAUGUUUUCUUUUUCUUUGCCAGUUUUGGUUGGUUACUACGACAGUGUUAGAGCCAUAUUGUAGAGAAACAUUCUGAGAUUUUGAGAAUAAUAUUACUGGAAAACGGUUGUGAUCGAGAGAGAAGUCAUAAUUUAACGAGGAAAAAAUGUCCUAUUACAAGAAUAAAGGAAAUAACCAGCGAGGAGAACUCAUGCUCUCCCGAGUUCAACUUCUGGAUCCAAAACCAUCCAAUAGUUUUUUUUGAGAAACUAUGAAACCUCUUUGAAUAUCACGCAGAUGUAACCAAAAAGAAAUUAUUUCCUGAGUUAUUUUUUCAGAAUAGAAUGUCAAAGUCCUGAUACUUAUGGUAGCCUGGUGCUGAUGUAACUUAUUUAGUAAUUUGUUGCUUCCUGUUCAUCUUAACACAGACAGGCUGAUCUUCUCUUAUUCCCCCUUGAACAGGACACAAAGCCUUUUUAUUCUCGUGAAAUUACAACUUUCUCUUGUGAUCUCAAAAUCCUAGUGUUUUUCCCCUUUAAGUGGCUCUAACACUGUUGUAAGUCACUGUUGAAAAUGUCCAAAUACUUUUUGGGGUCUUUUCAUCACAGGAAAUUGUAAACUUUGGUUUCCUGUUGAGUAUCUCUGUCCCAUUCUCCUUUUGUUUCACUAUAAUUUAAAAAUUGUCAAAGGAGUUUCUACAUCAGGGAUUAAAAGAGUCAACACUUGAGGUUUAUUCACAUAAUCAUGCAUCUGAUUUAUCGAGUGGAAGGAAACGAGAUAUUUUCAGACAUGUUACUGAAAGAAAUGAUGCCGAACUCUGUCUGGAGAAACUGUUAUUUUCUGUUUAACUUUACAGAUGUUUUUAUAUUACUUGCAGUUAUUAGGAGCCUAAAGACACAGCUGGAAUGAGCUGAUGUUGACUACUAUGACAGAUAUAAAUUGUACCUGUAUUUCUUAUGUGAGUCUAUAAUUAAACAUGGCCUGAUAUUCUCUCUUAA